CGGACUCGUGCCGGGCACGGGGGGCCGGGUGACAGCGACCCAGCGGCGGGCGGGCGGGCCGCGGCGCCGCGCGCGGAUAAAAACCCCUGCCGCGCUCCGGCCUACCGAGACGGUCACCGCUGCUGCUGCGAAAGCGAUAGCCAGGUAGAGCUGGGCGCCGGUCGGGAGGGAGAGACGCAGCACGCGCGCGCGCGAGGCCACCACCGUCCACCGCGCCUGGCAGUGGGGACUCGUCGGUUGAGUGGAAGGGACAUGAUGGACCAGCUGAGCCUGGUGCCCUACGAGGGGGCCGGCGGCGGCGGCGGCGGCGGAGACGGCAAGUACAAGGAGUGCAUGCGCAACCACGCGGCGGCCAUGGGCGGGCAGGCGUUCGACGGCUGCGGCGAGUACAUGCCGUCGUCUCCGGACUCGCUCAAGUGCGCGGCCUGCGGGUGCCACCGCAGCUUCCACCGCCGCGCCGCGGGCUCCUCCUCGUGCGGCGCCGCGGCGCCCGUGUUCUUCCGCCCGCCGCCGCCGGCGCCGCCGCUGCACUACCAGCACCACCACCACCACCAGGCCGCGCUGCAGGCGUUCCUCCCCUCGGUGCCUGCGGCCGCGCCGCCGCACCUGGCGCUGCCGUACCACGCCGUGCCCAACGCCGCCGCCGCCGCCCCGUGGCUCGCGCGGUCCGGGUCCGAGACGCCCCCGCGCGCUGACGACUUCGGCGUCGCUGGCCUCGGCCUCGGCGGCAGCGCGGGCGGCGCCGGCAGCGGCAGUGGCAGCGGCAGCUUCGGGCGGAAGCGGUUCCGCACCAAGUUCACCCCGGAGCAGAAGGAGCGGAUGCGCGAGUUCGCGGAGAAGCAGGGGUGGCGCAUCCAGCGCAACGACGACGGCGCCCUGGAGCGCUUCUGCGACGAGAUCGGCGUGAAGCGGCAGGUGCUCAAGGUGUGGAUGCACAACCACAAGAACCAGCUCGCCUCCACCUCCCCCACCUCCGCCGCCGCCGCAGCCGCGGGCAUCGGCAUCAGCCCCGCCGGCCCGGGCAUGGGAACCGGCGCCGGCGCCUCCGGCGACGGCGACGACGACGACACCGACGACUCCCCGCCCCGCGCCGCCGUCUCCUCCCCCUCCCCGUCCCCCAUCAGCGUCUAAUGAGCUCCGCCGCUUAAUCCCUAGGGUUUAGCAACUAAUUAGCUCUAGGUAACUGUCGGUCAGUACUCAGCACCUGCUCCAGCUUGCUCCCACCACCACUACCCACCCCCUCGUGCUCAUGUUAACCUCCCCUCCCUGCCCCCCGUGAUGCGGCCGCUCCGUACGUCCGUGCGGCCACGGGGGGCACGUCUGUCAUUUCCCCCCUCCCGCCGCCGCUUAAUUGGAGUGAGUAUUCUAGUUCUAGCCUUGCUGCUAUAGAAGCCGCAUUGUCUCCUCCUAAUCGUACCCGUCAACCGUCAUCAGUGACUAAUGAUUCGAGUAAUGCUAAAUCCACCUGAAAUGCUUCGGAGUCGGUGCGUGGAAAUCCCCUGUGGAAGGAUCUGAGUUUUUUUUUUUUUGGGUAUGAAUUGGUCGCGUCAUUUUCUUGAUACGACAAGUAAUCGCAUUGCUCCUGUCUGGUACUAGUCUCUGCAACGGCGGCCGGACUUGCUUGUGGCUGUGCGCGCUUCGGGAUCGGUGGGUGGAGGUUUCCCAACGCGGGCGGCGCGCCGGCCGGCCGGCCGGCCUGAUAUUUUGUUGCCAUUUGCGCCCUGCGCCGCGGCCGGCCGUGCGGCGGCUUGGCUGGCGGUGGUGGAGCCGGGGGCUCGCCCUGGCUGCCUGCCGAUGGCUGGGCUGUGCUGCGCCUCUAGGCCCUGGCCUCGCUUUCCGCUGGUUCACCGGUGUGGCUGGCUGCGCUCGUGCCGCCGCGGGGCCGGCCGCCGCUUUCCCAGCCGGUGUGGGGGCGCCGGCCGGAGGCGCGUCGCGUCGCGCCCCUCGCGAGUUGUCUUGUCGGGGCGUGUCUGUGUCGACGCCCGGCCGGCCGACGGGUACGUACACGGCGUAGCGUAGGGUGGUAGCGGGUAGGGGGUGAUGAUGCGCGGCUGCUAGGCCGGCCGGCGCCGCUGGGGGCUUUCGGUGCGGGGCAGGAUCCGACACGGAUCGCUCCGUCCCGUUGUGUCCCUCCCGCUCUGCAGCCCUGGGACGGACGUCGCAGCUCGGGUUGCGACGAGGCCCCCCCGUGUUUGCUUGGUAGGAGACC